CCAAAUGGUGCUUUAUUCCCUAAAGGCUGUAAGUGCACAAGGGGGCAAUAAAACUGCUAUUUCGAGUAGAUAAUGAAAUAUGUUUCAUUUUCAGUUCCAGGAAAAGAGAAGAGACACGAAAUAAAACGAAAACGAAAGUUUCCAUUAGUGUUACAGAGAACAGCUGCUGAGAAGGAGCUCUAAAGGAACAUAAGGAGGAAAAAAAGAUGUCGAUCUCUUUCUAUGGUUGGGAAGUGCACUACGAUGAGGGCCAUCACCUCAGAGCAGAACAAGAGCCUAAAUCUGGCAAGUAUUACAUCAUGUACCAUGGCACCAAGGUCCAAGAUGCACGCAGUAUCAUCCAAAAUGGCUUCCGUCAGUCCUCAGACGGAAUGUUGGGUCCUGGCGUUUACGUGAGCCGCAACCAGAAGAAAGCAGAACGCUACCCACUGAAAUGCAAAUUCACUGACCGAGUGGUCCUGAAGCUGAAUGUCGACUGUGGAAAAAUCAAGAAAAUCGACAGUGACAACCACCCUAUGCAAAAGAGCUGGCACGCCAACGGCUACGACACGGCCUGGGUGCCACCCCACUGCGGAAUGAAGGCUGUUCCCAGCGGCAUGGAGGAAGACUGCGUGUGGGACCCCAAACGCAUCAAAGUGAUCGAUAUUGUGUUAGCUCCCAACAGUACCAUUCUGAACGAACUCAAGCAGUUAGUUACGAACCAAUCUCCACAAGCGUCCGCCUCCACCAACCCUGAAAUGUGCCAGCUGUGCAAAUCAGAAAUAGUACCAGGGCAUACUGUUCAGCCCUGCUGGGGCUGUGGGCAAACCAUCUGCACACUGAUGCCCAAACACAAGUGCAAUCACCGGGGAUAAGAAGCUGUUUCCUGAACCAGGGUGUGAUGAUAGAACAAAAUUGUGGUACACAAUGACAGGGGUACAUUCUGAUAUCACGAUUCGUUUAUUCGUCCAUCUUCAAUAAGUACUGUAUCAUGACCAGUGUCUCGGUGCAUCUGGAACAAAUAUAUUUGACGGAUAUUUGGCCAGUCCAUCGCUGGGAAUACAGUUAUUAUUAAAGAAACACAACACUCUGGUCAAAAAGGCAUUUAAACAACUUUUCCUUGACCCCAAAGGUAAAUGACACCAUGGUGCCUUAAAUGUUCCACUGGUACAAAGCAAAUGUAACUAACAAAUAAGGGAAGUAUAAUCUAAACCAGAAUUUUUGCAUCAUGCAAACUACAUGCAUCAGCAGGAGAAAAUGGUAGGCAAGUUGGUGGAGGAGCGUCUUUAAGUUAGUCUGCAAUUCAGCUUAAGACUUCAACCUUCCGCCUGCGCAAUCGAGCCCUAAUUAAUGCUCACUUUAUGCUCAACACAUUAGAAAGUCUUCUAAUAAAUAGUACCUACACAAAAUCAAAUCGGAACUACAAAUCGUUUUACUUCUAACAUACAAUUCUGUCCGUAAACAAGCCACGUUUCCAAACCCCAUGGGUAUGUCUCAUUCAGCUCCCCAGUUCAGUAGUCAGGGUGCUGAUCAGGUAGGCAGCCAUUUUAAGGCUCAUCGCAAAAUACGAACGUUUGCGUCUAUAAAAAUCCCACAACGCACUGCGAAAAACAGGAUAAUAGCUUUUAGAUCACAGAUAACGAUGCAAUAAAAAAGUAAGCUACUAAAAAUAGAUGAUUCAGCUUCCCCUUUUUUUUUGUUAGCAACAUUUGCUAAUGUAAAGGAACUUUGGAAACCAAACACACUUGGGGAAAUCUGUGGAUUUUGUCAUUUUUUUCUAACUAGAUAUUUGAAUACUGCCAAGCACUAUAGUCUGUUAAAAAUAUUAAAUAGUGGAUGUGGUGCUAUGCUGAAAACUGUCUGACUUUUGGGUUCUACUAUUGGGUUUUUCCGCUGUGGAGUUCAUUACCUGUCAGACGUCAUCGAACGUGAAACGUCUAACGUCUGAAUCGCAAAUCUUCUCAUCUGUCACUUGACUUGCAACUCGAUCACAUUUCAUACGUGUUUCAGGACUUUUGGCUCCGUUCACUCUUUUUAUAGUCUAAUCAUUUGGAGUCUUUGGAUUCACUGGACGACGUUUGCCAUAUUUGAACACAUCACACAUUACAAACCGUUUAGAAAAGCCAGAGAAAACCUUCAAAGCACAGAGAGAACUUUACCUCACUUGGAAAACUUUACACGCAGGAUGAAGAUGAAUCGAACUCCCGACCAUGGAGGUGCGAGACAAACACGAAUCUCUACACCACUUUACCAUCCUUCCACACUCCUGUGUUGCAAAUAGCAUAACUACAGCAAAUGUGGCACUAACUGCCUAAUGAGUCAAAUUUACAUUCAAAUCACGAAUCAAAAAUCAUUGAUUCUAUUAACGGAUUUGCGAUUCAUCACAUUAUGAUCUCCGCAUUUCCACUGUGCAAUAUUUGUGUCUUUUCACAAAGAUACAAGGAAACAAUUCAGGUUCAUUAAACUAACAUAACCUGAGUUCUACGCAACUUUGUUUACUUGUUCUGGGUAUCUUUGGGUGAAGAUAAAAGUUUACAAUGACUUGUACACUUUAUCAUGUUUUUUUUUUUUUUUUUGAGUGAUUUUCCUUCCUUUAUUGUCUUGUUAUAUUUUGCCAUGAAUUUGCCAUGAAUUAGUGAUAAUCCUCUAUAAUCUUAUAUUCGACAAUCUUUAUCAAGGGGUGCUCCUAGUGAUCGGGUUGGUUUUCGAUUGUUAAAUUGAACGGAUUUUACCUCCUUCAGGAAAUAAAUGUUAUUAUAUGUUAUGAAAUAAA